AUAAAUAAACGAAGGAAAAAUGAUUGUAUAUUUCUCUCAAGUCUAACAAAAAUAAGGUUAAAAGCGGACCCGAGAUCAGAUAUCCAGAGGAAAGGGCGGGAACGAACAAGCUCUGAACGUUGUUAGCUUUGCAAUGCUAAAAUUCUUCAAACAUUUUUAAGCCUCUCGAAGAGAACUUCUUUUAACAGGUACUUCUCAGUUCACCACCUUGGGAUUCAAAAGGUUCACAUUCUGCUUCUCAUAGUGGGUUAACUUCACACUCACCUCCCAAAAUCUGCCUAGUCCACAUCACUGUUUGGCGCAGACUCUUUUUUUUAUUUUUUUAUUUAAUAUGAUAUAAAUAGGCUUGUGUGUGAAGGUCUCGCUCACACUGCCAGCGCUCUGUGCUCGCUAUGGAACACCUCCGUUUCUUUCUCGUUCUAAGCAUACUAGCUACGGCAUUCCCAUUUCUGAAGGCAUGUCCCACAAACUGUCACUGUCAUGGAGGAGACCUGCAGCAUGUCAUUUGUUACAGCUCGGGGUUAACUAAGCUUCCAAAGAUAUCGGAGCAAACUCGUCUGCUAAACUUACAGAAAAAUUCCUUUCCGGUUCUAGCUCCCAACUCAUUCAAAGAAAUGAAAGGUCUGGUGUCCCUGCACCUGCAGCACUGUCAAAUACGAGAGGUUUCCAAUGGAGCAUUUCGAGGUCUUAAGAAGUUGGUCUAUCUGUAUUUAUCCCACAAUGAUAUCAGUGUGAUAGGUACUGGUGCCUUCGAUGAACUGUCUGAGCUCACCUAUUUAUAUAUGGACCACAACAAAAUCCUCGAGAUACCCAAAGGACUGCUGUCGCCACUUUUAAAUCUUUUCAUCUUUCAAAUGAACAAUAACAAGGUGCGGGAAGUGAAAGCAGGGACCUUUACUGGUGCCAAGGACCUGCGGUGGCUGUACUUGUCUGAGAAUGAGAUCACCACCAUGCAUCCAGGGUCUCUGGAUGAAGUAGAGAACCUGGCCAUCUUCCACAUACAAGGAAACCAGCUGAGUACUUACCCACUAGCUGCUGUUAGCAAGCUGAGGGUAGUCGAGGACUUCAAGAUAUCGCGAAACCCAAUUAAAGUCAUCCCUGACUAUGCUUUCCAGUCCUUUGGCCGAUACAUGGAGUCGCUGUCCUUGGACCACAUGGGUCUGGAGAAGUUUUCAGAAAAAGCAUUCGUUGGAGUUACAACCCUGAAGACGAUUAAUAUUGAAGGAAACAAGCUAAGCCAGCUUCCUGCCAACACCCCAUUUUCUAACUUGCAAAAUUUGACACUGGCAAAUAAUCCUUGGCACUGUUCCUGCCAACUGGCAGCUGUGAGAAGAUGGAUGGACGGUAGCCGCUCCCGCCCAGACGCCACCUGCGCAAGCCCAGCCCAGUUUCGGGGACAACAGAUAAAAGACACAGGAGCUUUUCGUGGCUGUAAACAACCAACAAAGAAAUCUCGAAAGGGAGACCGUCAUUAAAGAGGUAUCCUGACUGUAUGACUAGAAGACCGCUAGAUUAAAUGGCACCUAAUGGCGAUCUUGAUGACUGUGAUGCGGAUGACCUGCAAACUACUGACAUAUAGGACCUUCAAGAACUCUUCUCAUUUUGACUGGAGUCCUCUCAUAUGUCUACAUCUGCCAUUCUGAACCUGCGUUUACCAAGCCACACCAUUCUGUCUGCAUGUACUAAUGUGAUCAGCUAAAAACCAUUCUAAUUGUAAACUACAUACAAUAUAUAAACAUUUAUCACAGAUAAUCAAUACAUUAAAGCUGAGACAUUCUAGAAAAAUCAAGCAUACAUGUUACAAACUAAAAGUAAACCUAAUCGCUAAUAAUCAUAAUAAUAUAUAGAAAAUGUAACAGUACUGGCGUAUGAGCCAUAUAUACGACAAACACGCUAUAAUAACAACUAUAAGUAACACAACUAAAGUCCAACGACUAUUGUUCAUCAUUAAUACAAUUAACUAUAUUGAAAUGCUGACUUGAGAACCCAGAAAUGGAAGGGUGCUCCAAAGCUACAUCAUGUACAGUGAGUAACCUAAUACAUACAUACACACAUAUAUAUAUAUAUAUAUGUAUACACAUAUAUAUAUAUAUCUAUAUCGUAUGUCAAAGUUUCUGAAUAUGGUCUGUAAAAUGUAAAGCUGUUUACUAUAAAUGAAAAAAAGGAUUUGAGUGAGUUGAAAUGAGAAAAAUAAAGGUUUUGUGUGUCUCAUAUCCAUGUUAAGUGCAUGUUAAACCUUAUAUGAUGUGUUUUUUCCUACUGGAUCCAUUUGUGUUAUUAGGAAUAAAAUACAUUUCCAG